AUGGUAAGACAUGACUUCUUUGAAAUGAUGCAGGUAAAUGGAUUCUUACAUGUCAGAAUAGAGAGUACGCUACGCAUGUUGUUCUGGUUUUUAAAUGUUGUUACAAGUAAGAAAAAUUAAGUUUCUCCAGGAGUUUAAAUGUCCAUAAUCAAGUUUUUCCUUUGUGUUUCUUCAUUAUCUCUCUAGUUUAAGACCAUUAAAUGAUUCAUUCUCUGUUUUCCUCUUGAUUUGACACAAUCUCUCAGAAGACUUCUGCACUGUGGACUUUUGGGCUCCUGUUUAUCAGCCUGUCAGGGGCACAUGGACUCGAUAAAUUCCCAACAAACUGUAAGUUUUCCUCUUGGUUUAUUUGUUUUUUUUUAAUCAUUAAAAAAAUAUAGUGCCAAGGCUUGACAGUGGAAUAAUAAGAGUGUUUUGUUGUGUGUGUGUGCACCUGCCUGUGUUCGUGUUUAUGUAUGUAGAUGUGGUCGCUAAAACAGAAAAUCAGGAUCCAAUCACACUGACCUGCAGUUCAAAAACUGGAGAAAGUGUCACAUGGAAGCACAAAGGAGAGGAGAUAGAUGAGGAUUUAGAGGAUCUGUUCCAGCUGGAUGGUCCAAAUCUGACUGUGUUAGAAGUAGAUGAACCUACAUUGGGGGAAUACAGCUGCUGGAGAGGAGAGGAGAAGUUAUCAUCAACAUAUCUGCUACUGGAGGCUGAGAAGGGGGUUGAGUUGGGUAAGACACCUCUCUUUAACUAAACAAACGUGAUUCUAACUUUAGCUAAGCUGAGAGGAAUAUUUUCUCUCUAAAGGCUGAAACUGAAAUAUGUCACAUGUAUUUAUUGAUCAAAUGUUUUACGCUCAGUAACUCUUGAAUAAACAGUUUACAGUGAACUUGCACUUAUCGUGUAUCUUUACAGACUCUUUCCUCAGCUGUCGUGCUAAAUCUUACGACUGUGUCUUCACCUGUAACUGGAUCCAGGGAAACCACAAACUAGUGCGCCUCGGACUGGGCCAAGACUGGUAAAAAAAUAUUUGUGUAUAUAUGAGUAUAUUCCAGUUAGUAUUGCAUUAGUACAAGCAGACUCUUUCCUUUCCCAGUUUCAGUUUUCACUCUGUGUUUUACUCCUUUCUAUGUAGCAGUGAAGGUGGGAAGUCGUGUCACUGGGUCACUAGCAGCCUUUCAGACGGGGAAUUCCAGUUUGAGGUGUCCCACUCCCUCUCCCCCUAUGCGGAGGAGAGCAGCAUGCUUGAACUCACAGCUGAGGCCAUUAUUGGUUCUUCCAUGCUCCGGAGAACCAAGAGAUUUUAUCUCAGAGACAUCGGUAGGCUGAGCUACACUAAGUGACAUUUAAUGCACUUAUCAGGAGAUUAUUACACAGGAAAAAGCAUCAGCUUAAAAUAUCACUGACAGGGUUUUUCAUCAAGUGCGAAUAUCAAUAAGUCAUUAGGAAAUUAAUCAGAAAGGAUGAAUUUUUGUUCUCUACAGUCAAACCCGAUAGUCCCCAGAUUGUUAAAUGCCAGGAGGUGGGGCAGAACCUGAACGUGACCAUCGAUCCUCCAUCCACCUGGUCAACUCCUCACAGCUUCUUCAGUCUGGAGCAUGAGAUUGAAUACGAGCUUCAAGAUAACGGCCAGGUAAACACAUACGGGCUCUGAGAGACAGACAGGUAUACUCACCAGGUGUUUGCAUUCGGGUUUCUCAUUGUGUGACUCUCUCUGUUUUAGAAUAAAACUUCUCUUUCUGCUGUGAUACCAAAGAGGAUCAGAAGACUGAGGGCUCGCUCCAGAGACCCGCUGGUGAACUCCACCUGGAGCCAGUGGACUUCCUGGAGAAAUGUAACCCACUGAUUGUCUGCUGCUGCUCUGUCUUUGUCCUUUUAUGUCUGUCACAACAAGUUCCCUUCACGUCUUUUCACCUAACUGAUGUCACUCUGGUUUUUCACUGUCUCACACUGAUGACUGAGACAUAACACAGCAACCACAAAUAGCUCAGUCAAAAGUCAUAAUCUCUGUUUAAUGGUACAGGAUAGGUGCAAGACACUAUUUUAAGCUAUUCCUAAUUAUUAUCUAAAAUAUUUAUUUAAAUAUUUAUUUAUUAUUCAUUUAAGAUUACACAGCUAUAAUAUCUUUAAUGUCUAAAUCAAAGAAAAUCAGCUUUAGGAGUCCAGCUCAGUCUGCACUACACACAGAAUUAUACAUGUCUGUCUGUUUGAGUGUGUUACUGUUUCUGUGUACUGUGGUGGUUUGACACUUAGCAAGAAAAAAAAAGAAAAAAAAAUUAAAAGCUCUUCAUUUCCUUCCUUAUAUCUGUUCUUUAUUUAUUUAUGUGUUGCUCAUAUCCUGUGUACUUGACCACUUAAAAUCCCCGGGCAGUUUCAACCAACAUUUCUACAUGGGGGUGGGCAGAUUCUCAGAACUGUUUGGUACAUUCAGAGUGUACUGACGGAGUUUUCACUGAGUUAAGGUAAAAGCAGCAAAUAUAAUCUCUGAGGUCAUUGGUUGAAAAUAUAAAAGCAGAUAGAUCAUGUAGCUUCAAACAAACAUUUUCUGAUGGGAAAAAUGAACAGAGACUAUUUGAAGUCUGCUCUCGAACCCUUGUCAAAGACUUCUCAUAAGUAUAAGUACCUUUUUGAUUUAGCAGUAAAUACAUUUUAAGUCUUUUGGCAAUAAAUUCUGCACAUUUAGCUUGUGCAAAAUCACGUCAGCCUCCCCUUUUUGGAGAUUACUUUGAGGGGGUUUUCAUUCAGUCACUAAGAAAAAGGGACAAGGUGUGGGGUUAAGGAGCUGGUAAAAGACUGGGAAUAACAUGGGACAAGAAAACAUUUGAAGAUGAUAAAUGCCUUGAGACACAGAUGGGCUUUUGGCCAAAAUCUAAUCCAAAAUCAUGAAGUUGAUGGGUUUUAGCACUGAAAAUCUGACCAAAAUAUUCUUUUUUUUUUAAGUAACUGAGCUUGUUUUUAUUUGCUUACGGCUCAUUAGCCAGUAAUAUUUUAAAAGCCUGAUUUUAUAUUGACACACUUGCAGCAGAGCUUUACAGAGAGAGAUAUAAAAACGCUCUGAUGCAGGGAGAUUACGUGUUUAAGUAUGAGAGUGAGGCACAGUCCUAAUAAUCAAACCAAGAUCUAAAAACUAUCAACAAAGUCAUCUUACAUAUUCACAGUCAUCCACGACCCUGAGGCAGAAACAGGAAUUUACAUGUUUAAAUUUGUUGGACCUAUUUUUUCUUCUCUUAUCGCUACAGUUCUGACUUCCCUAAUCUGUCAUUUGCACAUUGCAGGUAACCACACGCAACAGGAAGCAAGACAAAUGCACAAACACAGCAAAGUCUUGUUGUCCAGAGAUACUUCGCUGCAAGAAGAAAGGGAGGAAGAAUAAGGGGAAGAAAGAAAUUAAGAAAAUAGAAACACCUAAAAAAGGUCAUCAAUAA